GACGGCGUCAGUGGGGAUAUGGUUACUGGGGGGUACAAGGGGAGGAUGCGUAGACGUUGUAUGUGUUUCGACCCCUAAUUUUAGAAUCUCGAUGCAGUUUUGAUUCCAUGAUGCGCGAGCUCCAGCAUUCUCAACGGGGACAAGUGAGCCCUACAAAGUCUUGAAAGAGAGAUGCCUCUUGCAAGGAUUGCGGACGUUGGGGGCCAUUUUCUACUGAAAGUGGCAGCCGAAGCCUGGAAGGGCUUGGUGAGGGGUCGCUUCCUGCGUCAGCCUCGUCUUAACCUCACCACGUCCUCCUUCUCAACUGUCUUGCCCUCCAACCAACCAUCGGCUCUCUUUUACCUCUGCUCUUAUAUCUUGUAACCACCAUUUUCACAGCCUCGCUCUAUCACGCUUUCAAAUCUCGAUAAUGGGUUCUGCCCACUCCCCCGAAAGCCUCCGCAUCCUCUGCCUAGGCGACAGCCUAACAGAUGGCUACACGAUGUCCGGCGUUAGUUUCGCACCGUACAGCGAAACCUUAGAGAAGAGGCUUAAAGAGAGCGGACGGCAUGUUACGGUGGUUACGGAUGGAAUCUCGGGCGAUCUGGUGACGACGGGGAGUUUUAGAAGACGGAUGGAGAGGAGAUUCGAUGCGCCAUCAACCCGAUCGCCCCUCUAUGACUGGGUUUUCUUUCUCGGCGGCACUAACGAUCUAGCCUGGGGAAAGUCCCCAUCCACAAUCCACGACGCGCUACUCAGCAUCACUGACAUCCCCCUAAAUUGCGGGGCGAAGCUGCUCUUCUUCACAGUGCCCGAGUGCGCGUUCAAGCAGGCUAGUUUGGACGCCCGUAGAGAUGAGCUGAAUGAGCUGAUCAAGGGGGAUGGAAGAGAGAACGUGUACACGUUUGAUCUGCACGAGAAGAUCCCGUAUCAUUCCAUGGACCCAGAGGAGAGGAGGACGAUAUGGGAUGACGGGUUGCAUUUUACGGUUAAAGGGUAUGAGAGGAUGGGGAACAUGGUCGCAGAAAGGUUUAUCGAAUUGCUUGAUGCUGAAGAGAACGAGGAAUAAUGGCGAGAAGGCGAAAUAAGGGGCUCGGGUUUCGAGAAGGGAGAUCGUAGGAAUUUUCUACUCCAAUCAGUAAUUGAGCGUCAGUGGAAAGCGGAAGAUUGGGUGGCGUUUCUUGAAAAGCAUUGAGUGCCAUAAUUGGUUUGCCGGUAUU